AUGUGCCAUCAUGCAUCAUCAUCAUCCGGUUAUUCAUCACCGACUUUACCUGAUAAUGAUGAUCAUAAAACGAUUAUUUAUACAUAUAUUAUUGUUCAAUUAACUGGUUUCAAUAUUCGUAAAGAAUUUUGUGGUCCACAGGAUAUUCGUUUAAAUCAUUUACGGCAAAUGACGAGUUCUAUUAUUGAUGUGAGAUGUAUGAAUUCUGGUACUAAUAUAGAUUUUCAAAAAGUGGAAUGGACAAUUAUGCAUACUGAUGCAAAUGUUCGUCGAUUUGUUGCUAAACGAAUUGAAAAAUGGGCACAAAAUUGCCAAGUAGCUUGUGAUAUAUAUCAUGAAGAUUUUCUUUUUGCACAACGCUUUAAUAGACAGCAAAUGGUUCAAAGCUUUGGUCAAGCAGUAUUACCACGAAGUACAAUAGCAGUACCACCACCAUCUUCGGCAAAAACACAACAAUUUGGCAGAUCAAGAACUCGUAGUUUUAGUGAAGCAUUACGACCAGCUAGCUUUUCAGCCAAAAAAUUAAUACCUGAACGACUGAAUACACCACAAAAUAAGCCGGUACAUCCUUCAUCCAACAGUCUUCUUGCACGAACAAUUGCUGGUAAUAGAAUUCAAUUCGAACAAAUACCUUCUUCACAAAAUGAUGUUUGCAAUAUUCAGCCAUCAAUGUUGGCAAAUGCCAGUUUAGAAACGAGCAAAAUGACUGAUCCAUCUUUGGCUGAUGUUUAUGAAACUGCAAAAUGGCAAGGACAAAUGUCUGAUGGAACAGAUGAUGAAGAUAAUAAUUAUCCUGUUCCAUUUGAAACAUUGGUUGCCGUUGCCAAAUUAUGUGAACGCUUGAAAGAUCAUAAAGUUCAACUACAUGAUAAUUGUGAAAUAAUUGAUUCUGUUUUCCAAAUGGAUGAACCAGUGAAUAUCAAACAUGAUCAACGAACAAAACAGAUGGAUGGUACUGAUUAUUGUUUUUAUCGUUUGAUUCUGAAUGAUCAUAUUUUAUUUCCCACCAGUGUUAGUCGGUCAGUAACACAAGCGAAGAUAUUAGCAUAUAAAAAAAUGAUUGAUAUUUGUUACAAUUCAAAUGGUAUUAGAUUAAAAUCAUUAACAAAUAAUCGUUGUAAAGUAACAAAACAUCCUGGUAAACUUUUUCAACGAGAUACAGAUUUGAAUGCAUCUUAUAUUACACAAGUUGAUAUAUCAACACUUUCACAAGACAAAUAA